AUGCAGAAAUCAGAGUGCCCUGGAGGUGCACAGUUGAGAAACAGAGUAACAGGUACCUGUGAUCAAAAGACAUCAUCAAGUGCACAAAUAAAACACAGGGCUACAGUUCAGAGAAGCAAAUCCUCAUUGUCAGCCAGUUCUCCAGAGUCUGCAAGAAAACCUCAUCCUCGACCAAGUGAUAAACUUAACCCUAAAACAAUUAACCCGUUUGGUGAGCAGUCACGAGCCUCUUCUGCAUUUGCAGCCAUUUACUCUAAAGGAGGUAUUCCUUGCAGAUUGGUACACGGUUCGGUAAAACACAGAUUACAGUGGGCGUGUCCGCCUGAAAAUCUUCCCUUUGACCCUCUUCUUAUUACUUUAGCUGAGGGUCUGAGAGAGACUAAACAUCCAUAUACCUUUGUGUCAAAGGAGGGUUUUAGAGAAUUACUUUUGGUCAAAGGUGCUUUUGAAAAGGCCAUGCCUUUGCUACCUAGACUGAUUCCUGUGCUAAAGGCGGCUCUGGUUCAUUUGGAUGAUGAAGUAUUUGAAAGAGGAUUGAAUGCUCUGGUACAGUUAAGUAGUAUUGUUGGUCCUUCUCUAAAUGACCAUCUGAAACAUCUGCUUACAAGUCUUUCCAAGAGACUAAUGGACAAGAAAUUCAAAGAGCCAAUCACCAGCACAUUACAAAAGCUAGAGCAGCAUGGCGGAAGUGCAAGCCUUAUCAUCAUCAAAUCCAAAAUUCCAACAUAUUGCUCCAUAUGCUGUUGAAUAAGGGAGCCAAGAAAAAUCAUCUUGCUACCUGAGACAUGUCAAACACCGACCACAAGUACUCCUAGAACUUUUAUUCAGUUUGCUUUAUACUUUU